GUAGAAUCUUUCCAUGAGUCCCCAACUGCCAUUCAAAGCCAUAUAGUGCCAUACAUAAUACAUUCCAAAGGCCAGGGAAGGGCCAUAGAGAUAAAAUUUAGGAUAAUGCAGUUUCCAAGUUUGUAGGUUUCUGCUCAGAGACUGUACUUCAAAACCCAGCAUUGGUUUUUGCCAUUUUUGCUAAGACAACUCAAGAAAUCAUUUGAGCUUUGAUUUUUGAAAAUGGGUGUGCUGAGUGAGGGACUUACACAGAUUCUGAUACCUGUGGCUGCCUUCAUUGGACUUGGGUUUGCUUUGUUUCAGUGGUUCUUGGUCUCCAAGGUCAAGGUCUCAGGUGGCUAUGGUGAUUAUAGUGGGUAUAAAGACAGGUUGAUUAAUGAAGGAGAGACUGAAGAAGGUGUUGACACUCUUGAGGUUUCCAUCAAGUGUGCUGAAAUUCAGAAUGCCAUAUCUGUUGGGGCAACCUCAUUUCUGUUUACUGAGUAUAGAUACCUUGGUAUCUUCACCGCUGUAUUUGGCAUUGUCAUCUUCCUCUUCCUUGGUUCAGUUAAAGGCUUCAGCACCGAAAGUGAACCUUGCACUUACAACACCGGGAAUAUAUGUAAACCAGCAUUGGCAAAUGCCUUGUUUACCACCAUUGCAUUCUUUCUUGGUGCUCUUACAUCAGUCCUUUCUGGUUUUCUUGGCAUGAAGAUUGCCACCUAUGCCAAUGCUAGAACCACUCUAGAAGCGAGGAAGGGUGUUGGGAAGGCAUUCAUCACAGCUUUUCGCUCUGGUGCUGUGAUGGGUUUCCUUCUUGCUGCCAAUGGCCUUUUGGUGCUGUGGGUAUCCAUCAAUUUAUUUAAGCUGUAUUAUGGGGAUGACUGGGAAGGGCUUUAUGAAUCUAUUACUGGUUAUGGACUUGGAGGUUCUUCAAUGGCACUUUUUGGAAGAGUUGGGGGAGGUAUUUACACAAAAGCAGCUGAUGUUGGUGCUGACCUUGUUGGAAAAGUUGAGAGGAAUAUCCCUGAAGAUGAUCCACGUAACCCAGCUGUUAUUGCAGACAAUGUGGGUGACAAUGUUGGAGACAUUGCUGGGAUGGGUUCUGACCUCUUUGGGUCUUAUGCUGAAUCAUCCUGUGCAGCACUUUUUGUUGCCUCAAUAUCUUCCUUUGGUACCAGUCAUGACUUCACAGCCAUGUCCUAUCCUCUGAUUGUAAGCUCAAUGGGGAUUGUAGUUUGCUUAAUAACAACACUUUUUGCAACUGAUCUUUUUGAGAUUAAGCGUGUGAGUGAGAUUGAACCAACCUUGAAGAGGCAACUUGUAAUCUCAACUGUCUUGAUGACUGCCGGUAUUGCCAUGGUCACCUUCUUUGCUUUGCCAUCUGAGUUUACUCUCUUUAAUUUUGGGACUGAGAUGUCUGUAAAGAACUGGCACCUUUUCUUCUGUGUUGCAAUCGGCUUGUGGGCUGGACUUGCUAUUGGAUACACUACAGAGUAUUAUACUAGCAGUGCUUACAGUCCAGUGAAGGAUGUGGCAGAUUCUUGUAGGACUGGUGCUGCAACAAAUGUUAUUUUUGGAUUGGCUCUGGGAUACAAAUCUGUCAUCAUUCCCAUAUUUGCCAUUGCCAUUGCCAUUUAUGUGAGCUUUAGCUUAGCUGCUAUGUAUGGAAUUUCUGUCUCUGCUUUGGGAAUGCUCAGCACCAUUGCCACUGGUCUUGCAAUUGAUGCUUAUGGCCCCAUAAGUGACAAUGCUGGUGGAAUUGCAGAAAUGGCUGGUAUGAGCCAUGAGAUUCGAGAAAGAACAGAUGCCUUAGAUGCUGCUGGAAACACUACUGCUGCCAUUGGCAAGGGCUUUGCUAUUGGAUCAGCUGCUCUUGUUUCCCUUGCUUUGUUUGGUGCCUUUGUGAGCAGGGCAGGCAUCUACACUGUUGAUGUGUUGACUCCAAAGGUCUUCAUCGGGUUGCUUGUGGGAGCCAUGCUUCCAUACUGGUUUUCAGCCAUGACAAUGAAGAGUGUGGGAAGUGCAGCUCUCAAAAUGGUUGAAGAGGUUCGUCGACAGUUCAAUACUAUUCCCGGCCUUAUGGAAGGAAGAGCAAAACCAGACUAUGCAACCUGUGUCAAAAUCUCUACUGAUGCUUCACUAAGGGAAAUGAUCCCACCUGGUGCUUUGGUCAUGCUUACACCACUUAUUGCUGGAACCUUCUUUGGUGUGGAGACUCUUGCUGGGGUUCUUGCUGGUUCACUUGUUUCUGGUGUGCAGGUUGCCAUCUCAGCUUCAAACACGGGUGGUGCGUGGGAUAAUGCAAAGAAAUACAUAGAGGCCGGUGGUAAUGAACAUGCAAAAUCACUAGGUCCUAAAGGGUCAGAUGCUCACAAGGCCGCUGUCAUAGGUGACACAAUUGGAGAUCCUCUCAAGGAUACUUCUGGUCCUUCUCUCAAUAUUCUCAUCAAGCUCAUGGCAGUCGAGUCCUUGGUGUUUGCUCCAUUCUUUGCUGCUCACGGGGGCUUACUCUUCAAACUAUUUUAAAAUGGAGGUUCUAUGUAGCAGGUUUAAUUCCGGUGUAUCUUCACUUGUGAAGAAGUGAAGUUGAUGCAGGGGCGGAGCCAGAAAUUUUGGUUUGGGGGGGCCAAGUUGUAAUGCUAAUAUAUUAGUUAAGACAAACUUCUACACACACAUGUAUAUAAAUUAAUUUACUAAGAAAAUUUAUCAUUUUCUAAAUUUUAAUGAGUAUAUAAAAGUCAUGUAUUUUUUCUA